AUCUUCGUCCAAUCGUCUACGAGCUAAUAAAAGUAAACACUGACUAUAAUACCAUUAAAGCCAACCUUUUCUUUCAAGGCUUUAAGCUUAGUUUUGCCAUAGCAACACCACAAACAAAAAUCAAUGUGAUCCUCAACAUCUCUUGCUACUUAACUUGAUUCUCUUCUUGCUUGGUUGCUCUUGCUCCCCCUGUCAGCCACCUCCCAACCCAAAAGCCCUGGCUAGAAGAACCGACGACAACCACCACCACCGCUACUACUUAUAAGAGGCAGAAAAGCGGUUCAUUAAAAGCUCUCCGGUGACAGUGAAAGAGACAGAGUAUUUAGCAGCAGAGACCUGGCGGUUGGGGCAUUUCCAAUCUUUUUUCAUUGAUUUGGGAGUCAUAAAUGUCUGCCUCUUGCUCUUAAAAGCUCGUGCCAUUCUUUGCAAAGAGUUUCUGAUAAGUGUUGGGCUGUUAUUAGCUUAAUCUCCUCGCAAAAUACGGAAAUUAAUAUUUCUUUUUUCUUGGGAAUUUACCGAGAAAAUUUUGUGGGUAUAUACAGUUAUUGAAUUUCUCCCUUUAAUUAUUCUGUUUGAUGAGUUCUAGUAUUGGGUCUGGGUUGAACAGAAAACACCAGAACCAGCGACAUAGAGAGCUGAAUCAAAGCUCGUGAUUCGAGAUACAGAGAAGCAGAGCAGCGGUCAACAUCAACACCAAUACCAGUCGUUUCAGGAAAGAAGAAGAAGAAGAAGAUGGGCCACCAUAGGCCAUCAUAAACAUCAUCUCCACAUUGUCACACUACAUGAAGCCAUGGAAGACACUGGACGAGUUCUGCUCUGUUUCGUUCUUAUUCUGUUAUUCAUUCAGUGUUCACUAGCACAGCAAGGCUUCUUGAACUCCAGCAUCGAAUAUACAGCUUUGCUUGAUCUUCGGUCAUCUUUAGGACUCAGAGGCACAGACUGGCCUAUAAAAUCCGAUCCCUGUAGCAAGUGGAAUGGAAUUCGGUGCAAGAACGGCCGGGUCACCGGAAUCAACAUUUCCGGGUUCAGACGGACCCGCAUUGGGCGUUCAAAUCCUCGUUUCAGCGUUGAUUCUCUCGUUAAUUUGACAUUUCUCGAGUCUUUUAAUGCUUCUGGGUUUUCACUUCCCGGUUCGAUACCUUCCUGGUUCGGUUACAGGCUUGAUUCGGUGCAAGUACUCGAUCUCCGGUCUACUUCAGUGACCGGUCCGAUUCCAGAUUCUCUCGGUAAUUUGACUAGACUAAAUGCUUUACAUUUAUCUGGCAAUGAGCUUACCGGUAGUAUCCCCUCUACAUUGGGCCAAUUAACGCAAUUAUCAGUUCUUGAUCUUUCGAGAAAUUCCCUCACUGGGCAAUUGCCUACUACUUUUGCAUUUCUUAGCAAUUUGUCAAGGCUCGACCUUUCUUCCAAUUACUUAACUGGGUCAAUUCCAGCGGCUUUGGGUAACAUUAGUCUGGAAGCCUUGAAUUUAUCAGACAAUAAUCUAGCAGAUUCAAUUCCUGCGGAACUGGGUAACCUUUCUCAAUUGGUUGAGCUUAAUCUUACCAAAAACUCGUUAUCUGGGUCAUUGCCUGUAGAGUUAGCAGGGUUGAAGAAUUUGGUACGCAUGGAAAUUGGGGAUAAUGGACUAGAGGGUGGAUUGUCAGAUGAUAUGUUUUCCAGUCUUGACAAUUUGCAAGUUGUCGUUUUAAGUAGGAAUAAACUUGAUGGUGCUCUUCCUAAGACAUUGUUGUCAUUGCCAAACUUGCGUGUUCUCGAUGUUUCUUAUAACAACUUCACAGGUGAUCUGUCGAGUUUUAGUUCAAAUAGUAAUGUUAGUGGUGUGUUGUUCAAUCUUUCACAUAAUAUGUUAUAUGGAACUCUGGUUUUUUCAUUUGGGAAUUUUAGUUUGAUUGAUCUUUCUGCUAAUUAUAUCCAAGGAAAGGUUCCUGAUGGUAGUCAAAGCAAUAUUAGCCUUCACAGGAACUGUCUUCAGGCCGUGUCGAACCAGAGGAGUUUGGGUGAUUGUAAAUUAUUUUAUGCUGAGAGAGGCUUAAGUUUUGAUAAUUUUGGAGCUCCAGAACCAACAGAACCCCCAUUACCUGAACCUGUGCCUGCUUCAAAAAAGAGGAGCAAACGAUGGAUUUACAUUUUGGUUGGAUUGUUUGGUGGAAUUGGCUUCAUUGUGAUUUUGGUACUGAUUAUAGUAGUUGUGCUGCGGAAGUGUGAUAAGAGCAUAGCAAAUCAGGCAGAAGGAGAUAGCCCUUCACUUCCCAAGGAUCCUGUUAUUUUAUCUGGUUUAAGAGAUUCAUUCACUUAUGAACAAUUACUUUGUUCAACAGGUGAAUUUGGUGAUGCACAUCUCAUCAAGUCUGGUCACUCUGGGGAUCUCUUCUGGGGUUUUCUAGUCGGAGGAACUCCCAUAGUUGUUAAAAAAGUAAAUUUGCAUUCUUUGAAGAAGGAAUCAUAUAUGAUGGAAUUAGAAUUGUUCAGCAAGUGUUCACAUACAAGAUUGGUCCCACUCCUGGGGCAUUGUUCAGAGAAUGAAAAUGACAAGCUUCUGGUCUAUAAAUAUAUGCCAAAUGGAGACUUGGCUAGUUCCUUGUAUAGGGUAAGUGAUUUUGAGGAUGACAGUGUACAGUCCCUAGAUUGGAUUACAAGAUUAAAAAUUGCUAUAGGAGCUGCUGAAGGUCUUUCUUAUCUGCAUCAUGAAUGUAACCCUCCCCUUGUUCAUAGAGAUAUUCAAGCAAGCAGUAUCCUUCUUGAUGAUAAGUUUGAGGUGAGACUUGGAAGCUUGAGCGAGGUCAGUAUCCAGGAAGGGGAUUCACACCACAAAGUGCUUACUAGGUUCUUGCGGAAACCACAAUCCUCUGAACCAGGCCCUUCAGGCUCAGGUUCAUCAUCAGUGACUUGUGCUCAUGAUGUGUACUGUUUCGGAAAGGUCUUGCUCGAGCUUAUAACAGGCAAACUGGGCAUCAGUAAAACGGAUGAUGUCAACACGAGGGAGUGGCUAGAACACACACUGGCAUGUAUCAGCAUAUAUGACAAGGAACUGUUGAUGAAGAUUAUCGACCCGUCUUUGAUCCUAGACGAAGAUUUGUUGGAAGAGGUAUGGGCCAUGGCGAUCGUGGCUAAAUCAUGCCUUAAUCCGAAGCCUUUGAAGCGUCCCCCUAUGAAGUAUAUACUCAAAGCAUUAGAAAACCCGUUGAAAGUUGUGAGGGAGGAGAGUUACAGUUCAGGAAGACUGAGAACAACUUCAUCUAGGAGAUCCUGGAGUGCUGCCUUUUUCGGCAGUUGGCGACACAGCUCAUCAGAAAAUGCCCCUUUCCCAGGCCAUACUAUCCGCGAAGGUGUCUGCGGCUCAAAGCAGACAGCAAGAGUAGGAUCUCAUGGCAGUGGUGGACUUGAACAAACAUAUUCUAAUAAAAGGUUAUCCAAUGAAAUUUUUCCCGAGCCACUUGAUAUGCAAGAUGUAGAGCAGCAGGAUGAGCAUUGAGCAUUAGCUAGCAUGGCAUUUUCAGGUGUUUGUUGAACAUACAGUGGCCUUCGCAUUUGAGCGGUAACACAUCAUUUUUUAUAGCCUCUUAUCCAGGAUUAACGCAAGUUGAUUGAUCGGCCGGUUGGCUUGCUGAUGAAAGAUUUUCUUUCUGCUGGGCAGAUGCUAUCGAGGCAUGAUCAAAAUGAUCGAUGAAAGAGGGUUCUUCUGAAAUUUUUUUCUUUUUAAGGUUUGGAAAACUUGUAAGUUUUCUCACAAGCUCCAAAAUUUCACUGCCAUUGAUUGUUUCAGUAGCUCCAGAGUGUAAAAUACGUAGUACAAAAGAUGAGGAUUUUCUCGAAUGGGUGACGUUUUCAAUAUCAAUUAUUCAAAUCUAGCUAAUACAGCUACCAUACCAUUAGCAAA